UUGAAACAUCGGAAGCUUCAGCUUCACUUGAUUUCCAUCCCUCGGCCGAUAGAUGAACCGAGAUUUCCGCUAAGAGACCCGAGUUGCCAACUUCGUUUUCUAAUAGACUGUUGAAAAAUGGCAGACACCCUUUUCUUCAAACGGUCUCAGACCAUGUAUCCGUACUGGGUGAAUAUGCCCCCCACAGUACCGAGAUAUCCAGCGUCUCAAGAUAUGUUCAGACGAGAGGAACCAGACAAAUAUACAAAAAGGGAUGGCAGACAAGGGUAUCAGAACUGGACAGACAAGUGGUACGACUGGGGUCAUCCUGUUCGGCGCCAGGAGGAGUUGCCACUGGUGGCCGAUAGGCACGAGCCUUUGUCGAGACCCUGGCAAUAUGGCGUCCACAUGGGGGUCACCGGAGAGCCCAAGUGGACACGAGAGGGAAAGGACUGGCCCAUCAAUCAGAAGAAGUACCUCAGAUCAGGGAUCCCCAACACAGAAAACCACCGAGCACGAGCGAUGCGAGAGCUGAGUUUCCGCGACGAGAAGCUGUACCCGUUCUCCAACAACAUGACGUCGACGUACCGCCGGCCCGUCUACUCCGUGUUCGGACCCAUGCAGAAAGAACCGGUGUUUGGUCUGACCCGACAGCGAAACCGCCAUGGCCACAUGCCCUUUGAGGAUUAUUAUUGAUGCCCGACAAAGACAGUAGUCUUGUUUUCUUGCGAGAGUGAAAGUUGAAUUUUGAAUUAUCAUUUUGAAUUUUUUUUAAUCUCUUGAAUCCUUUUAUAAAGACAGAACUCAUCUUUUAUUCUGUUGUUGUUUAUCUGUUAAUAAUCACCGCAGAAAAUGUGCGUUUUACAGGGAUGCUGAUGAGAUUUUAUAAAAAACCCUGAAAAUUUACACAUUUUAUAGACUUAACUAAUGUAGGGGUACCGGUACACAAAAUAGACAACAAAUUCUUAGAUAAUUAAAUAAAUAUUCAGUUGGUAAAAAUAACGGAAUCCCCCCCUCCCUCAACCAGAAAAAUGUUAUCCCUGGUUUUUUU